CACAUAAAACUACUUUUGAUAUCGCCGGGCCGCAAGUUAGAAACUGUGUGUGUGGUUUAACCAAAAAGACUUUUCAAAAUGGGUUGCUUCGAAAGUAAACCCAAUCAACAGGCUCAACCGCUCGCCGUGAGGGGACAUACGGAUAUAUUUUGGCUCAUUCUUUAUAUCGUAUUUUGGGUUGGACUGAUCGUGAUCGCAAUAUUCUCCUUUAUUUAUGGAAACCCGCUUCGCAUCAUCAAUGGGUAUGACUCGUUUGGAAAUACUUGCGGUGUCCGUAGCAACGACAAGUACUCCAACUUUCCCCUGUCCGGCAUGAACACGGAAGAUAAGCCGUAUCUGUUCUUCCUGGACGUAAAGGAACUUCGGCAUACUCUUAAAAUUUGCGUCAAAGAAUGUCCCACGCGUGAGAUCGUCAGUGCAGCCGAGUUGUACCGCUACUAUGACGAGCGGAACACCAAGUACUGCCGGUAUGAUUUCAACAUGAGCAUCCUCCAGACGCAGGACUCGAACGCUCCGAAGUAUUUCGACUUCAAUGGCCCCUGCCCGCCGUUUCCGGUGUACCAGUCGGCCCCGGUUCUGCAUCGCUGCAUUCCGACCGGUGUCAACGCCCCACUGCAGCAGGUGAAGAAAAUGUACGCUCUGAUCAAUUCCUGGGAGGCCACACAGCAAGUGUUUAGCGAUCUGUACAAGGCCUGGCCAACGAUCGUGCUAGUCUGUGCACUAAGCUUGGUAUUUUCGAUCGUCAUGAUUGCCCUGCUACACUGGCUGGCAACGAUCGUGUCCUGGCUAAUCUGCAUCAUCGUCGUGGUGGCCAGUAUCGGUAUCACCGGAGUGCUCUGGUGGAGCUACUACAAGACAAAGCACACGCUCGAUACGGACCAGCAGUUGUCCUACCUGGAGGAGCUGGUGCGCAAUGAAACGACCAUCUACGUGCUCGCAAUCGCAGCAACCUGCAUCAUGAUUAUCCUGCUCGUCAUCGUUUACUAUCUGCGCGAAAAGCUUACCGGUCUGGCGGCCCUGUUCGAGGAGGCGGGCAAGUGUAUGUUGCAGCUGCCGGGACUCUCCGGGCCACCAUUGCUAGCGUUCCUUGCACUGUCCGUUUUUCUCGCCUUUUGGGUGACGGUUGUGAUAUGUAUGGCCACCGCAAACUAUCCCGGCGUGAAGCCACUGCUCCCAUUGACGCAGCUCGAGGAAAGUGCCUCACUUGCGAACGACACGAAACUACGGCCUGAGCUGGCGGGACAGAACGACACUAGCUUCAAAUCCUUUAAGCUAGUAGAGUACCACAACGCCAACAUCCUACGCCACAUGCUGUGGAUCUACAUCAUUGGGCUCAUCUGGACCAGCGAGUUCAUCUUCGCCUGCCAGCAGCUGGCAAUCGCCGGUGCCGUAGCAUUCUGGUACUUCCGCAAACCGACCGAUUCGCCCGUUCUGCAUUCCAUUGCCAAGCUGGUCAAGUAUCAUCUGGGUUCGGUGGCGAAGGGAUCGCUAAUUAUUACGAUUUUCAAGAUUCCACGCCUUAUCUUAACCUAUCUUUAUGCCAAAUUGAAACGCCACCAACAGGAAGGUUCGGAGUGUGCCAGUUGCUGUCUGCGGUGCUGUAUUUGUAGUUUCUGGUUGCUGGAAAAGUUCAUUCGCUACCUCAACCACAACGCGUACACGGUCAUUGCUAUUGAGGGUGUAAAUUUCUGUCCCGCUGCUAAGAUUGCUUGGAAUGCACUCGUGACGAACGCGCUACAGGUCGCCACCAUCAACGGAAUUGGCGAUUUUGUACUGUUCCUCGGUAAACUGGCCGUGGCGGCGCUCUGCGGGCUGGUAAGCAUCCUCCUGCUGCGCGACAAUCCGGACUUGCACUUCUACAUGGCUCCGGUGAUUAUUAUCACCGUGUUUGCGUUCUUCAUUGCUCACAUUAUCCUCUCGCUGUACGAGAUGGUUGUGGACACGCUGUUCCUGUGUGUGUGCGAAGAUCGCACCAUUAACGGUAACAGUGGACGCUGGAAGGAUAGCAACCUCGCUCGCUUGCUGGGCGAAGCGCCGGAACCGGACGCGGUCGAAGCUCCGAUGCAGGAGGUCCAACUGACACCGAUUACCAAGCAACCAUUUUCCGCCCAGUUCCUUCAAGCGGAGAUGGAAAACAGCAAGGCUUAAGGCUGAAUGGUAAUUCACCAGAAAGUAAAGAUAAUCAAUGGUUUGCCUAUUGACCAAUUACACAAUGCGUUAAGAAAUAGGCUUCAAAAUUAAAUGUCGAGUAUGAAUCAUUAAUAAUUUAUCAGUAAAUUAUACUGUAUGCUAUCGUUAAUCAUUUGGAAAGAGCGUGACGUCACACAAUCGUGUUUUCAUCGUCAAAUAAUAUCGAUAAUAAUAACAUUUAAAAAUCACAUUAGAAAGCCGAUCAUAUUCGUCUCAUGCUAUUAUCGGCGUGUCAUAAAUCUCAACUUCUCAAAUCGCACAACUCCGUACUAAAAACGAACAUCUUUAGCACGGUGAUGAUGCAAAACACGCUGUAUCGUUCAACAAUACCGAUUAGUUCGUGCUAAACUUAUUUAAAAAAUGUAUUUUUAAGCUAAAAGGUAAACAUCAAUUUCGGACACACAUUAAACAUAACCCGCCAACGCCAACUGAUUCGCUCAAGAUGUCCAACUAAACAGCAAACGAUAGUACGUAAAGCAUAAACUAUGCUUGGCAAACAGACGGUGUUCUUCCAAACAAACAGAAAAGCGCUUACGAUAAACUCUGCCAGGGAAUAAUAGUUUUUCAACAACAUUCAAAAGCGAUAAUGUAUUUACACGUUGCUAAUAUGCGAACCAAUAACGACUGUUGAUUGUUUUUUUUUACACGAAUUAGAGUUUUGUAUUACAGUUUUUGGAGGCCUACUCAGAUGAACUAUACAUCACAGAAUGUAACGGGCCUGCCAUUCUGCUAUUAUUGAACUAAAAUGCUAAAGAAAUAAAGAUGUG